AUGGUUGACUUUCGCCGUAAUCAAUUUCUGAAUUAAGGUCUUCAAACAGAAUUUACAAUCCAAUCUGAACAUGGGUAUAGAUCGGCUUAAUAAAAUAGGAAUAAAUUAGUAAGUGUAGGCUCAUAAUUGAAGAAUCUGAAUAAUAUUGAAAAAAAUAGAUAUUUGAAACCAGAUUCAUCAUAUGAGGAAUGUUCUGGCGAAUCAAGUGUCAUUUGUGAUUAAUAUCAACAAAAAUGUUUAAGUAUUGAAUAGGUACAGUAAAUGGUGAUAGACACUUCUAUUAAUUAAGCAAUUAAACUUGAGCCUAAAGCAUUACAAAAAAAGUAUAAAAUUGAUAGUUAUACAGCAAUCGUGUUGAUUAAGAAUGGGAAUCAUAGAAAUCAAUUAUCAUUUGGAAUGUUGAUGAGCAUGCCAUUGAUCAAAUAAACCUUAAUGAGUUUUUCAUUGAUUAGUAUUGAUAUUUAUGAAUUGCGGUUUAAGGAUAAGUCUUUCAUCUAAUUCAAAAAGAUUGAGCUUGGCAGCUUUGAAGGCAAGCUUGUAAUAAUCAUA